GAUUUAUACGGAGUUCGUGAUAGAACAUGCGUUCCACAAUACCAGGGUUGCAUAUAUAUAGCCAACACACGUCGUUCCACCAAUGCUGACUUUGAUGUUGAACACUUGCUCAGAAACUCAAGCUUGCCAUAUCUUCUUACUUGGAGUUACACAUCUGUCGGAAGCAGAACAUUAGCGAGAUGACUGCGUCAACCACAUACCCACGGCCUGACUUUCAGCGAACCACCGUCACAUGGUCGAGUUUGGACGGACCCUGGGACUUCAUCUUCGACAAUACCGAUUCCGGUCUGACGCAACGGUGGCCACAAGAGGGUUUGCCGGUCGAAAGCCAAGGACAAAAGAAGCAUACGAUCACAGUACCAUACGCGUUUCAGACACCGGCAUCAGGUAUUGGCCUUCACGAAGCCCAUGAAGUGAUCUGGUAUGAGCGCAACAUCAGCGAUAUCCGUGGCGGAAACGGAAAGACCAGAGGCGAUCGACUCUUGGUCCGUUUUGGUGCUGUAGACUACGAAUGCUCGGUCUGGGCGGACGGACAGUAUGUCGGAGGCCAUCGUGGGGGCCAUGUGCCUUUCGACCUGGAUGUCACAGACGCUUUCGCGGGGAAUGAUCCUUCAAAGUCUGUUCGGCUGACGGUGCGAGUUCGAGAUUCUCCAUACGAUCUCACCCAACCCCGCGGUAAACAGUAUUGGGGUCCAGUCUCUGAAAAUAUCUUCUACUCCCCAACGAGCGGCAUCUGGCUAUCUGUCUGGCUUGAGAGUGUACCUUCCAUGCGCCUCGCAAGUGGUAGUGAUGGUACGAUUCUUCGGUCAGAUGAUAUUGAAACCGGUACAUUGCACGCUUGUGUUGCUGUAGUCGGCCGACAAGCGGGGACAAAAUGUGCAGCUGAAAUCGAGGUCAGUCUUGGAGAGAAUCAUGUCGGUAAUAUCAAGAAGGAUCUUCCGAGGGAUCAGAAUAUUGUGUCUCUUGACCUUGCAAUGGAAGUACCAAAGGCUUCGGAAUUGAGAAAGAGACCUCCUUUCGAUAUCGAGGGUAGUUGGUCAAAUGGGACUGCGCUGUGGCAGCCUGAGCAUCCAAACUUGUAUGACGUGACCCUGCGUCUUUACGACGCUUCGGGUGCAUUAGUGGAUGAGGUCCAAACGACGGCUGGAAUGCGAAGGAUAACAUGGAAUACUAGUGAUGGAACCUUCCGAUUGAAUGGAAAGCCAUAUUUUCAAGCUCUGGUGCUUGAUCAAGGAUAUUGGAAAGACACGGGCAUGACGCCUCCAUCUCCAGAUGCACUGAAAGCCGACAUACAAAUGUCCAUGGAUAUGGGCUUCAAUGGAUGCCGCAAGCAUCAAAAGGUCGAAGAUCCCAUUUUUCUCUACUGGGCGGAUAGAUUGGGAUACCUGGUUUGGGGUGAAAUGGCCAACGCUUACGAGUUCAGCAACGACUAUGCCGAUCGAUUCAAUGACGAGUGGAUUGAGAGUGUGAAGCGAGACAUCAACCACCCCUGCAUCGUGACGUGGACGCCGAACAACGAGAGUUGGGGGUACCCUUCGCUACAAGACAAUAUUGAACAGCGCAAUCAUAUUCGGUCCCUCUACUAUAUGACCAAAACACUCGACCCUACUCGUCCCAUAAACGACAAUUGUGGUUGGGAGCACGUCCUCACCGACCUGACGACUUACCAUGACUACGCUGAUUCGCCUGAGUUGGCCACAUCUUGUUCGAAACUGGAAAGUGGCAUUCUAGACAAGAAGUCUGAGCGUGAAAUGUUCACCAAACCGAUCCACGCCGGUUCUGUAUGUGUCGAUCCAGGUGCACAACACAAGCAAGGUGCUCCAAUCAUCUGUACAGAGUUUGGAGGUGUCAAUAUUGCUCCGGCGAAAGGGGCUUCUGUCAAUGAGAGAGAUUGGGGUUAUACAACUGCCACUGACCCUCAAGAUCUUCUCAACAGACUCGAACAGCUUGUCAUGGCGGUGGUAAAGGGCGGACACUCAUGUGGCUUCGUGUACACCCAGUUGUAUGAUAUCGAGCAGGAAGUCAAUGGUCUCUACUCAUACGAUCGUCAAGAAAAGGUACCUGCGACAAAGGUCAAAGCAAUCAUGGAUGCAGCCAAGAAGCACUACUAUUCUGCCGUGCUGAAGUAAGGCUUGAAAAUAUCUCGCUUCUUGCAAUUGUCCUCGCUUCGACUCAAUUUAGAACAAUUCUUUCAAAAGCUGAGAGAUAAUAAAGCAAAAUACGAGCGGAACCCAUUCCAGAC